AUGUUCUGCCUCCGGAGCUGGCUUCCCCUGCUCUUCAUCCCGACCAACGCCUCGCCGGCCUUCAUCUUCCUCUUCUUCGUCUGCACCUACUUCCUCAACCGCCCGUGCGUCUACUGCUCCGUGCUGCUCCUGAUCCUCUUCGCCACCUCCUGCUACUGGUCCGACCGGUGCUUCUUCGACUUCAGCAGCAACUGGUUUGCGCCGUGGCCCUUCUCCUCCUCAAUACCGCCGUCCUCUUGCCCUUCGUCGUCAUUACCAAAUUCGACGGCCACGAUAAUAUCAGAUACUGUAUACGAUGACUACGGGUUCAACGCCACCGCCGUGGAGAUGCUGAAUACUACAGCGAGCGCCCUAGCCGGCGCCGCCGUAGAGGAGAUCGCGAGAAAAAAGGCGGAGUGGACGGGCCUCGGCAUCGAGUGGCUGAGAAACCUGCUUGGGAAGAGGGAAUGGACGAUCGAGUGUAUGGACUUGAACAUCAGGCUAUGA